AUGUCUCGAACAAUCGAUCGAAUGCCAAUGCCCUCUGAGGUCCGUCGGAAAAAGGUCAUCGUUCUCAGCCACAGUCGCUCAGGAACUCUUGGGCUAUACCGAGCACUACAGAUUCUAGGAUUCACCCCGUAUCACGUCUACGAGUGUUUCAUCGUUAACGGGACAGAGCAUACCAAGGUCUUUACAGAGGCUGUCAUCGCUCAGAAUAAUCGAUACUCUGGGAUCAAAAGACUUACGAGAGCGGAUUGUGACAAGUGGUGGGCCGACUACGAUGUGAGUGAACCACUGACAUAUGAUAACCGAACUAACAACCGACCUCCUAAGGCCGUGAUCGAAGUAACGAGCUUAGUGAGCGCAGAGGUCCUCGAUUCCUACGCCCAAGACCCCGAGACCAAGUUCAUCCUCACGGAAAGAGACCCAAAGAAGUGGGCGCGCUCCCUCAAUAACUCAGGCGGAAAAGCGUUCCAGGCAGUCAGCAAGUUUCCGUUGAAUUUUCUCAAGUACUUUGAUUAUCAACUGUACCACUUCAUCGAAGCACAUCUCGUUACCUAUAACGCUUUUGGAUCCGGGACCCGGCCUGGGGAUCCGGAUAAUGAAGCUAUGCUCUGCCAAUACUAUACUGACUAUAUUCGAAUGAUCAAGUCUACUAUUCCGGAAGAUCGCAGAUGUACUAUCCACCUGGAUAAUGAUGGUCUGGAAUGGGAGGAUAUUUGCAAUUAUCUCGAGUUGCCGGUCCCUGAUCAAGAUUAUCCUGACCGGAAUCAGCCUGCUAAAUUCCAGGCCCUGUUUGAGUCAUUCUUGAUGCCGCGGAUGACUGCAGCGGCGAUGAAAUGUGGCGCUGUGGUUGUCCCGGUCUUGGGUGUACUUGGGUGGGCAUCUUUGAAGUAUGCACCAGCAGGUCUCAAGGCUUUGAAGGAAUAUUUUACCCACUAG